GAUUGGAGCAACAACCACUCUUUAUUUGCGUUUGGAGCUGUACAGUUGCUCGCUGAUUGUCUCCAGGAGAAGCUGUAUGUUUAACGAAUGGAACACUGAUUUGACAUGACAUUUUAAAGCGUGGACCAAAAAAAAAUCCCAAACAUAGGCUGGAUGAGUGGGCCAAGUUUUACCCCGCCUGCCGAGGUGGCUGAGAUAAACCGCAUCCAUUAUGAGCUGGAGUACACAGAGGGCAUCAGCCAGCGCAUGCGAAUCCCUGAGACCCUCAAGGUGGCGCCGGAGAGCGGAUCGGGGCCCGCUCUGCUUCAGCCACCUCUACAGGUUCACACAACUCUGAUGCAGGUUCCUGAAAGAAUUGUUGUUGCAGGUGACGAUGGAGAGUCGAGGUUUGUUCAACCAAGAGAUUUAGAUCUAAUUCAGUCGGUUCCAUCGGUGGACCUCCUGAACAUGAAGGCCCCACCGCGUGUCCUGACCCUUACAGAACAGCCGCUGGACUCUCUGGAAACAGAUCAAGCUGCCAACUCACAGAGUAAUCCCAGCCACACUGUCAGUUAUAACACCCGCUCUCGGAGGGAACGCAGUGCAAGUGAGAACAUACCUGGUCGUCAUGGCAGCCAUUGUAGCAGAGGAGACGUAAGCGUAACCCCCUCCCCCUCAGUCCCCCCUGUCCGCCUCUGUCCUCCCCUGUGUUCUCCAGAAGACGCCAACAUUAACCUGUUUACAGCUGCUGGGUUUCUGUCUUACGUUCAGUCAACGACGCGCCGUGCUUACCAGCAGGUCCUUGAACUCUUGGACGAUAGCCACCGGAGAACCCACUUGGACUUGGCUCUGGAUAUGAACCCUGACGAAUCUGGCUUAGUUGAUGCUUCAUCGCUGCGGCGUCAGAUUGUGAAGCUCAACAGACGUCUGCAGCUGCUGGAGGAAGAAAAUAAAGAACGCUCCAAGCGGGAGGUGGUCCUGUACUCGGCCACGGUGGCGUUCUGGCUCAUUAACACGUGGAUCUGGUUACGUCGCUAAACCGGGAUACAACCCGAAUCUCCAAAAACACUGGAAACCAAAGUAAAUCCUUGUUCAGUCGGCGUAGGUCUCUUCUGACAUUCCACAAUUAUUAAAGAAAAGGAAGGUUUUUUUUAUUUUUUAUUUUUUAUUACAGAUUUCAAGAUUAUCUGUGACUAGGGAACACCUGAACCAAUUAAACCAGAAAGUGCUCAAAAUUUGGAAAAAGUAAAGAGCUGUAGAUGCUUUCUGGUUGUGCUCUGUUUACUCAGUAUAUAUCAUGUUCUUGCUAGUUAUUACCCACAAAAUGAAGGCCAAUCAUCUUGAUUUUAUUUUCUGAGCUUUUGCCACUGUUGUCAAAUUUAAAACUAGUUAUCUGACUGAGUUAAAAUAAUUUUACUGUGGCUGUUAAUGAAUAAUCCUGACGCCAAACACUUAGACAAAGCUCACUACAAGUCUGCUAAAAUGUUAAAAUGUUACAAAAAAUAGUGAAACUAUAAAAUAAAAAAUAACAGUGGUGUUCAAUUGACAGCAACAAUCACUUUGCAAAUAUUCAUAGUACUAAAUAUUCCAUUAUAUAAUCUAAAGGAAGAGUGUCCAUAAUAUCAGUUCCUGUUUUACACUCUAUUUGCAUAUUUUGGACAACAGUUUUUACCUUGGUUUGAGCAAAGUAACCUUUAAACAGGUUGGGGAACUUAAAGGCUUGCACAGAAAAAAGAGACUUGUAUUAGUCAAAACAAAACUCGGCUGUUUCUGACAGGCCUCUGUUAAACUGAGCAGCAUGUGUUUGAAAAGACUCACAAGACUAACAAGGAUUUAUUUUAAGUGACAAACAGUUUUAGGUCUCGUAUCUAGGCUGAAAUGUAGGUCCCCUGCUGUGGCCAUCACUAACCAUUCGUAAAGUGUCAAAAUAUUAAUAAUUCUGCAGAUGCCAUAGCCAUUUCCCUGCAUGUCACAUGUUUAGGAGAUUCUCAUAUGUUUUAUAUGAAUUGUGUAUCUGUGGGGCAAAAUGCUUGCUAUGAUCUGUUACAUGAAGAUUCCACAUACUAUUCACAGAGCUGGGGCUGUUUUUUUGUUUCUCAGAUUAAAGCCAUUUCUCCCAUUGUUUUAUUCAUCAUGAAUUUUGCUGUAAAUCCAGGAGCCAAUGUGUUCAUGCUCAGGUGUAGUAGUUGAAUACUUGUUUUUGAAUAGCAUAUUCAUCUGUUGUGCAUUCUUCUUAUGUGAUUGUAUACAUAUGUAUUAACAUUUAUUUAAAGAGAGGCUACAUUAGGUUAAUAUUUGUUUCUAAUUUAUUCAUUUGUGAAAUGUCUGUAAAUAUUAUUGCUAUAAUAAAUGCUGGAGGUCCAUUUCCUCAAA